AUGUCGCAGGUUAUGUCCAGCCCCCUGCUGACCAGAGGCCAUGCGGUCAACCUGGCCCCUUGUGAGGACUCCAGGAGGGCCCUGCACCCAGCACCCAGCCCUAGCCUGGCGCCCCAGUGUCCUUACUACACUACGGAAGGCUGGGGAGCCCAGGCCCUGAUGGCCCCCACACCCUGCAAAGGCCCCACUCUCCAGCAGGCCCCACAGCUUGCAGCCAAGGCCAGCUGCCCCCCGCAGUGCCCUGGCGAGCAGGCUUCAGGGGCCCUGGAUGAGCUCGACUCCUACAUUGGCUUCUCACUGGAAAGCCUCAAUCAAAUGAUCCUAGAACUGGACCCCACCUUCCAGCUGCUUCCCACAGGGACUGGUACCCCCUAUGCUGAGCCCACCCCAAGCACUACCUCGAGGGCAAAGAAGGAGGAACCUGAAGCCUUGGAUAUAAAGUACAUUGAGGUGACCUCCACCAGAUCAAGGUGCCACGACGGCCCCCAGCGCUGCUCCAGCCCGUCCGUCACCCCACCCUUCGGUUCCCCACGCAAUGGCGGCCUCCUCCUCUCCAGAGACACCCCCAGAGAGACUAGAAGCAGCAGCGAAAGCCUCAUCUUUUCAGGGAACCAGGGCAGCCGGCACCAGCGCCUGCCUCCCCAGUCUGGAGCUCUGUCCGCUCACGCCCCAUCCUCUCCCAGCACCUCCAUCCCUUGCAUGAGGAGUAAGACCUCCAGCCCCCGUGGCUUGGGCUCCCCACUGGUGGCUUCUCCAAGCCUGGAGAAGAGGCCGGGGGCCCCACAGCGGGCCAGCAGGGUCUCCGUGCUGUCGGCCAGCCCAGCGUCGGACGUCAGCGACAUGUUUGGAAGCAGCCAGUGCCUCCUCCACUCCAGCUUCUCCAGCCGUCAGUCAUCUUCUAGGUCCUUGGAAAGCCCAGCCAGCUCUUGUUCCAGCCUCCACAGCCUGGGCCCUGGGGCCCCGAGUCUGAGAACCAGCGACCUCCAGGCUCCUAGCAACCCCACCCCCAGCAUGGGCCAGCCCAGAGCAGCCCACUUCUCAUCAAUGGCCAAGGAACACGCCAGCAGCUGCCCCCCCUCCAUCACCAACUCCAUGGUGGACAUUCCAAUCGUGUUGAUCAAUGGCUGCCCAGAACCGGGGUCUCCCCCACCCCAGAGGACCCCAGGACACCAGGACUUUGUCCGACCUGGAGGAGCUUCUUCCAGCAACUCCAGUCCGGCCACCAGGAGUCACAGCCAGAAACUGCCAGAUGCCUCUCUCAUCACGUCCCCAGAUGGUCCCACCAGAGACAUGCAGCCCACCAUGAAGUUCGUCAUGGACACAUCUAAAUUCUGGUUCAAGCCAAGCAUCACCCGAGAGCAAGCGAUCGAGUUGCUGAGAAAAGAGGAGCCAGGGGCUUUCAUCAUGAGGGACAGUUCUUCAUACCGAGGCUCCUUCGGCCUUGCCCUGAAGGUGCCGGAGAACCCCACACCUGCCCAGAGCCAGAACCGAUCAGGGGAGGACAGCAGUGACCUUAUCCGCCACUUCCUCAUCGAGUCUUCCGCCAAAGGGGUGCAUCUCAAAGGAGCAGACGAGGAACCCUACUUUGGGAGCCUCUCGGCCUUUGUGUGCCAGCAUUCCAUCAUGGCCCUGGCCCUGCCUUGCAAGCUCACCAUCCCACAGAAAGAGUUGGGAGGUGGAGUCGGGGCCUCAGACCCCUCUGUGGACGGCCAGUCUGCCUGCCUGAAGAGAUCUGCAGGCUGCCACGUCCUAUACUUGAGCUCUGUGGGCGUGGAGACCCUGACGGGGGCACUAGCCGUGCGCAAGGCCAUCUCGACCAUCCUGGAGAGGGACGUCCUCCCCACGCCCACGGUGGUCCACUUUAAAGUCACGGAGCAGGGCAUCACGCUGACGGACGUCCAGAGGAAGGUGUUCUUCCGGCGCCAUCACCCUCUCGCCACCCUCCGCUUCUGUGGCAUGGACCCCGAGCAGCGGAAGUGGCAGAAGUACUGCAAGCCGUCCUGGAUCUUCGGGUUUGUGGCCAAGAGCCAGACUGAUUCGCAGGAGAACGUGUGCCACCUCUUUGCUGAGUACGACACGGUCCAGCCGGCCGCUCAGGUCAUCAGCCUGGUGAGCACCCUGCUGCAGGACACAGACAGGCUGUAGCAGGAGGGAGCCUCCUUGUGCGCCCCAGACAUCCCUCGGGAAGGGAGAAGCCCUGAGCAGGGCCCAGCUUGGGCUGGAGGAGAACAGUACCCGGCACUCUGGAGCUGCGGUGACCUUCAGUGGUGACCUUCAGCCAGACCCUCCUGGGC